GAACCAUUUCAAAAACCCCAUUCAAUAUUUGCAAAUAAGCUUGGAGGCUUAUAGCUAUCUAUACACACACAUAUAUAUAACAAUUUAUAUAUACAUGUAUAGAUUGAAGGAAGAAGACGACAGCCAAAAGCUGCAGAAGUGGCCAUAGCCCAUAGGGGAGAGAGAGAGAGUGAGUAGUUGUCUAGAAUCACAAUCUGCUAACAUACACCUCUAAAACUUCAGCUUGGCAUUUUCACAAACACUUGGUAGACUUUGCUUUCAACUUCAGUUUUGGUCCCAAAAAAUUGGUUCAGAACAUAAAGAAUGAAACUUUAUGGCCUUUCUCUUAAUGGGGUUUCCCAAAUGUCUUUGUUAAGAACAACUUGGCUUGUAGAAUCUUUGUUUGGAAACCAAUGCAGAUUCAUGACCACUAGUAAAAGGGUCCAAGAUAGAAGCAAGACCAAGAGAGUUCAUGAUCUUGAAAUAGUGACAGAGAAAUGGAAGAUAGCUUUUAAAGCUUUGUUAUUAAUGGAGGUUCUGAAGCAAGAGCCUGAAAUGGUAAUCCCUGUAAGGUCUCUACAACAAUACAGGAGACAGAUUAAUCUUCCAAAGCCUCAUAAGGUCUCUGAUUUUAUCCGAAAAUCGCCUAAACUUUUCGAGCUUUACAAGGAUAGAAAAGGGGUUUUGUGGUGUGGGAUGACAAAAAGAGGUGAAGAUUUGGUUGAAGAGGAAGAGAGAUUGAUUAAGGAGCAUGAAGAUAAGGCUGCUGAACAUGUCACUAGAUUACUAAUGAUGUCAAUUGAUAAAUGCCUUGCAUUGGAUAAGAUUUCCCAUUUCAGGAGAGAUUUUGGGUUGCCUGUCGAUUUUCGAACCAAUUGGGUUCAUAAGUAUCCUCAAAACUUCAAGCUUGUUAAAAAUGGUGAAGGUGCUCAGUUUUUGGAGCUUGUUGAUUGGAAUCCUGCUUGGGCAAUAACAGAGUUAGAGAAGAAAGUAAUGGGGAUUACUGAGCUCAAUGAUCAUACCCCGGGAAUGCUUUCGCUUCCUUUUCCAUUGAAGUUUCCACCUGAAUAUAAGAAAGUUUAUAGAUAUGGAGGAAAGAUAGCACAUUUUCAGAAGAGGUCUUACUUGUCACCUUAUGCUGAUGCAAGAGGACUUGAGGCUGGUUCACAUGAAUUCGACAAGAGGGCCAUUGCGGUUAUGCACGAGCUGCUUAGCUUCACCAUUGAGAAGAGAUUGGUUACUACUGAUCAUCUAACACAUUUUCGAAGAGAGUUUGUUAUGCCUCAGAAACUUAUGAGACUUCUUUUGAAGCAUUUUGGGAUUUUCUAUGUUUCUGAGAGAGGAAAGAGGUUUAGUGUGUUCUUAACUGAAGCUUAUGAAGGUACUGAGUUGAAGGAGAAAGGUCCUUUGGUUCUAUGGAAGGAGAAAGUCCAGAGCUUUACUGGUUAUAGAGGAAAGAGGAAGAACUUUGAAUGUUUUGAUGACGGCGAAUCAGACAUGGAUGAAGAAGAAGACGAAGAUAAUGGCUCGGUUCGGAGAAAUUCUGAAAGUGAGAGCAGUUGUUUGGAACUUGAGGAAGAAGAAUAUGGUAGUGAUUUAGAGGAGGGUUUAGUAGCUGAUGAUGCUGAAAAUGAAAUGGAGAUUGAAGAGGUUUGCAAUGCAUACAAGGAAGAUAUAUGAAAGUUUUUAUUAUUAACUUUUCCCAGAAAAAUGUAACUAGACAUAACAAAAGAUAUAAGGGAGAAUGGAUCAGUUUGAUGUAUUAAUAUACAAUUCAUUUUAUGAAAAAGUUUUUAUUAUUACAA